CCCUUCCGCUUCCGCUCCCGCCGCUGCCGCCCCGCCCUUCCGCUUCCUGCCGGCGAGGUCGGGGGUGGGGGGUUAAGAGUCGCGCGGGCCUUCCAGCCGGAAGAGAGGCGGCGGGCGGCAGUUCUCCAAAUGGCUUCUUUUGGGUGGAAGAGAAAGAUUGGUGAGAAAGUUUCAAAAGCUACUUCUCAGCAAUUUGAAGCAGAAGCUGCAGAUGACAAGGAUCUGGCUGAUGAUGAUGCUGCUAACUGGGUGCAUGCAACCAAGAGAAGAAAGAAAAUUCUUGUCGAAGACUGUGUAAAGAAAAGUAAGGAGCUGAAGGAUGAAGGUGCAAAUUUGGCGGAAAAGAGGAGGUACCGAGAGGCUAUUCAAAAGUGGGAUAAAGCACUUCAAUUAACUCCAGAGGAUGCUACGCUUUAUGAGAUGAAAUCACAGGUCCUGAUGUCUUUACAUGAAAUGUUCCCAGCAGUGCAUGCAGCAGAAAUGGCUGUCCAGAGAAACCCACGUUCCUGGGAUGCCUGGCAGACUUUGGGACGUGCCCAGCUUGGAUUAGGAGAGAUAGCACUGGCAAUCCGAAGUUUCCAGGUAUCCUUACACAUCUUUCCAAUGAACCCUGAAGUAUGGAAAGAGGACCUUUCCUGGGCAAGAAAACUACAUGAACAGCAGAAGGCAACAAAGACUGAGGCAGUGCAGGCACUGGCAAAAGAAAAAGAGCUUUCACAAGAAUCAAUCCCAGACUAUGACUUUGAAAGUGAUGAAAUUGUGGCAGUCUGUGCUGCUAUUGCAGAGAAGGAGAAAGCUCUUUCAGCAGCUAAAACGGUAGUGAUUGUGUCUGCUUCAGGCACAGUAGAGACUGUUACUGAGAAGGAGAAUUGUCCUACAGCUCCUGAUGAAACCCUUUUCAUCAGAGCCCGAUAGGGCAGCCUUACGGGUUACCAUACUGGUUUAAGAAGUUAUGUUAUUUAUUGUAUUUGGCUUCCUUUGGUUUUGUUUUUCAAGCAGUGGGAGAGCCUACAAAAGUUAAAGAAUUGAAGUUAUUUUUCUUUUGUAAAUUGAAAAAGCAAUGACCUGAGUUGUUCCUUCCAUAUUUUUGGAGAAGAAAGCCAAGAGUGGAUUCUAAAAAUCUUAUGAACAAAUGUAAUAUUAAAAUGCUUAACUACAUUUAAUCUUUGUUUUUCAAAAUUUUACAAGUUAAUGUCUACAUUUUCCCAGUAAUUAAUAAGCUUUUAUUUAAACUGCAAAUAAAAAGGUAUUUUUUGAAAAUCUA